UUUCUUCGGUCUGCUAUUAAAACAACAGUGUUUUUUUUUCGAGUGAACAAAUAGAUAAAGUGCAUUUUAAUUACAAAUACUGAUCACAAGUACUAAUACUAUCUAAACUUAAUAAUGUUGGAGACCGAAGCAAUGCAUCAGCGAAGCACAUCUGAAUAUGAAACAACCAAAGACUUUGACUCUUAUGUUUGUUCACUAAGUUCUGAAAUGAAAAUUCUUGCCAAAGAAGAGUUGCACGAAGACGAUAAUGUACGCCAGCAAGCAUUAAAUCAGUUCCGUGAAUGGAUAUCUAAACACCCAUCUAUCAAGAAGUGCCGCACCGAUUCUGUGUUCCUGCUGCGUUUUUUACGCACGAAGAAGUUUUCCGUUCCCGAAGCAUGUGAAAUGCUUGAACGCUAUUUAACGAUACGUCAAUUAUUUCCGCAAUGGUUCUCGAAAUUGGAUAUUACAGAACCAGUAAUCAGUGAGAUUUUUGACAAUGGAUACAUAGUACCACUUCCUCAAAGGGAUGAAAAUGGCAGACAAAUAAUACUUUCGGUGGCGAGAAACUUUGAUCCUUAUAAAUAUACCUCUGUCCAGAUGGCACGCGUGCACUCAUUGAUUUGCGAAGGCUUGCUAGAUGACGAGCAGUCACAAGUGGCUGGUUAUGUGUAUAUCAAUGAUGAGAGUGGAAUAAAUAUGGGGUUUGCAAGCCUUUGGUCUCUUUCUGAUUUAAGAAACAUGAUUAAAUGCAUACAAAAUUCCACUCCAAUGAGGCACAAAGAAACACAUUUCAUGAAUAUACCGCAUUUCGCAAACCGUAUUAUCGAAUUGGGAGUGUCACUACUUAGUGAUAAAUUAAAAAAUCGUAUAACUGUUCACAAGUCACUUGAUGCUUUGAAAGAAAAAAUAAACCCUGCAAUACUUCCCCAAGAGUAUGGUGGAACGAUUCCUAUGGCUGAUAUUAUUAAGCAAUUUAAAUUAAAAUUGCUACAAAAGCGAGAAGCGAUCCUAUCCCUUGACGACAUGUGCAUUGAAAUUACCAAAUACCCAAAUAUAUCAUCAAAUAAUGGAAUAAGUGAUGUUGAUGUGGGAGUUGUAGGAAGUUUUAGAAAGCUGGAAGUGGAUUGAAUGAUCAUGCAACACCUUUUCAAAUUAAUUAUAUUUAUAUUACAAAGCCAAUAACGAAGAACUGUACAUUUCAAUAUAAUUUUCACCAUCAUACCAAUUCUUAGAUUUUUAGUGGGCAUUAGUGAAGAACAUAUACAUUACAUGCGCCAUCUUUUAUGUCGGUAUGAAAACAUUGAAUAACUUUGAAAAAAAAACUGAUUUGUAUAAGGGAGGUAUUUUUAUUUGGUUUGGGUAUUUGCAAUUUAUUAAAACUAUUUUUUGAAUACAAUAUUAAUCAAGUGGCCACCUUUAUUAGCAAUCACAAACUGCGAUCUUUUUUCUGCGCUUGCCAUCACCUUGUCAAGCAUUUCGGGUUUUAUAGCGUCGAUUCCGACACGAAUGUUUGCCCUAAGCUAGUCAAUAGUCUGCGGCUUUUUGGCGUAAACCUUACUUUUUAGAUAGCCCCAAAAAAAGAAGUCCGGGGGUUAAGUCAGGGGAUCUGGGGAACAGUCGAUGUCGCCUCUUUUUGACACUAAAUAUCCCGAGAAUUUUCGUUGCAGAAAUUCAAUUGUUGCAUUCGCAGUGUGGCAUAGCGCAUCUUGUUGAAACCAGUAACCGUCUAAACCUUUCGCACGCAUUUGCGGGCAGACAUUAUGAGCCAGCAUUCAUCAAUAUCGGUUUCCAUCGGCCGUUUCGUUUUCUCGGUAAAAAUAUGGCCCAAUGAUGGUUUUGGCGCAAAAGCCGGCCCAAACAGUUACUUUCCGGUCAUGCAAUGGCGUUUCAAGGAUCUCGUGUGGAUUCUCAGUUCCCCAAAUGCUGCAAUUUUGUCUAUUCACGCUGCCAGAGAGGUUAAAAUGUGUCUCGUCAGUCAUUAUAAUUUACUUCCAAAAAUUGGGUUCAGUGUCAACUAUUCGAGCGACUGUUUGGCCGUAUUCCAAGCGGCGUGAAUGGUCUGACAGCAAUAUUCUUUGUGUCAAUUGCCAUUUAUACAGAAAAAAAUUUAAAUCAUCCUUUAAAAUGCGCCACAUUGUAGUUUCACUGACGCCAAAAUGCUGAGCGCGACGACGAUACGACACUGUUAUCUCCUGGGCAACGCUCUCCCUCACUGCUUCAAAAAGUUCAUUUUAACAUCUCGGUCGUUGAUGAACGGCAUGUUGACGAUCUCCAACUGUCCCGUGCUCAAAAAAAUUCGACACCAAACGACGAAUAGUAUUGUCAGACGCCGUCUGUCGUCGCGAUACUUUUUGCGAUAUGCGCGUUGAGUUACAACAGUAGAACUAUUUUCGAUGUAUAAGCGAUCCAUGGUUGAAAUUGUACUGAAUUGACGUAUCGAAAACAUGUAUGAUGAAGUCAAUCGGUUGGUAAAUGACAAAGUUAUUCAGUGUUUACAUACCGACAUAAAAGAUGGCGCACUCUUAACCCUUCAAUGGUUUUUUGAGGAUUGUCAUACCCCAUAUAUUUUCGUAUAUCGAAGCGUCGCAGUGUGCAUUAUUUAGUAUUUGCACUGAUUUGAUGUACAUACUCGUAGAUAUGUAUGUGGCUGACUGACUCGACAGACUGUCCCAUUAAUAAACUUCCACGGAUUACUUAACAUAGUCUCAUAAAUAUAAUAAAAAAAAGAAACAAAUCUGAAAAGGGUUUUUUUCAAACAUUUUCAACUAAAAAAUAUAAGUUAUUUUUUCACUUUAAAACACAGUACUAAAAUUUUAAACAUUGCAUAAAUUUCCAAAUUUAAUCAGUUUACCAUUUAUACUCAAACCUACAAGUAAACCAAUUUUAGAAGACUUGGCGAUAAUAUCCAAAAUAAUUAGAUCACUCUAUUAUUAUUGAUUUAAAAAUUCGUUACAAUUUAUUCUGAAAUAUAUACUGCUCAAAAGUAAUGUAUUGUGAUUUGAAUUAACCGAAAUCUUUAUGGUUUUUUCUAAAUAUUUAUUUUAACGUUAUGAUGUAUCGUCGAUAAAUAAGCAUGAAUACGUUAAAUAUGCUGCAUGUUAUGAUAAACUAGCUGUACCCGGCGCGCGUUGCUACGCUAACAACUAAUAUAAAUUUAAGUAAAAUAACUUUAAAGAAAAAUCAGUACACAAAUAUUCAAUUCAUUCUAAACCAUUUUACUGAUUUUGUUUAUUUCGAAAAAAUCGGUUGAACGGGGCAGAAGUUGCUACUACUCGCGGAUAUACAACAAACAUUCAUUUUUAUAUUGAAGAAGACGAACAUAUAUGUAUAAAGAAGACGAAGAUAUGCUUCAAUUAGUCAAAUUAAGGUGGAACAAAAUAUUUGCAAAGUUUUUGGAAGAAUUUGGUGAGCAGGGGAUAUUUUUGAUUCCGAGAGAUAUAAUAUUUUAAUUUUGGGGUCAUUAGCUUCGAUAAGAAGGUCCUUUACUGAAACAUUGAAGUUUUGCUUAUCGGAUUGAUUGUAACGUUGGACAUAAAUUUAAAAUGUGUUUAAUUGUGAGAUCUUCUGAUGUGCAAAAUUGGAACGUAAUGGCGCGGGUUAAAGCGCCAAUAAUGGUGAUUUUUGUUUUCCCAGUAUCGAACUAACUAUGUUUCUUAAAAUGUUAAUUAUGGCGUAUAUAUUAUUUGUAUUUAUAUACAUUAUAUUUAUUAUACUUUAUACAAGUUGAUAAGGAUUCACUGAAUAUCAAAUAUUUACUUAUUUAUGCUAUUUUCCAAGCGAGCAUUGAUCUGUGUUCCCCACAGAAGACUGGGGCAAAUGAUGGUGCAUAGUGUUUUAGUUAUUAAAGUACGUGAAGUAUUAUCAACAAUGCUAAUGGCUGUUAUAUUUUCGCAUCUGGAACCAUCAGUCCAACAGGUAUUCCAUCUGUAAAAUUUAUUCCGUAAGUAUUAAAGUGUUGCUGAAAUAUUGCUGGUGAAGUUUCCUCUUAGUUAAAUUUUGAUAAAUCCAUUGAAGUGCCACUUUCCUGUGUUCCCAUCC